AUGCUUCGCGUGUCUGUGGCCGCGCUCGCGAAGGCCACGACGGCCCGCGCCCUGGGCUACCAGCCGCUGCACACUCUGCCACUGCGCGCACUCUCGACUGCUGUCCCUGUGCACGGCCACCGCAAGAAGAAGCGCAAGGGCAAGAAGCCAUCUGCGACGUCGACCGAUGGCAUUGCCGACGCCACGCUUGUCGAAGGCUCGGACGUGGCAGCGGCAGCAGUCGUCGAUACCAAGGCCACCAAGAAGAUCUCGCCGUUGGUCGAAGAAGCGACCAAGACGAUUAGCCUCCUCGAAAACAUUGCCGCGCUGCAAAAGUCGCUGCCGGCGCCCGUGCACAUCACGGCCAUGCUCAAGCAGACGAGCGACGACCACGAAGACUCGUUCUUCAAGCUCUUUGACUUGUACCGCAAGCACGGCAACCCGACGAUCGACGCGUCCUUUCUCGUGCCGGGUAUCGCCAAGUGCUGCGAGGUCGGCGACUCGGCGCAGGCCGUCGCGAUCGCGCGCGACAUGGUGCACAACGGCCGCGCCAUCGACCGCGAGACGCUGCUCCUGAUAUUAAAGACCGCCGAGCGCAACGGCGCCGCCAUUGACGCCAUCGGCGUCCUCAACCUGCUCUUGCACGAAGAUUUCGAGGUCACAACCUCGGACUACGAGCGCAUUCUCGCGAUCUGCCACACUGCGCACUUUGAAGACGGCGCGCUGCAGGUCUUGCAGGCGCUGCGCACACUCAAGUUUGUGCCGCCAGAGACGUACCUGCACUGGCUCUCGCGCGCAGCCAUGGUGUGGCGCGCCGACAUCUUUCUCGCGCUCCUCACGGAAAUGCGACUCGCCGGCAUUGAGCCACGCAUCCCGUCGCUCACGUCGCUCGAGGUGGGCCGCAAGGACCCGGCGCUGACCGUCAUGGAAGGCGUCCGCGCCGUCGGCCUCGACCCGUGCUUUGCCAUGUCGGUCGUCUACGAGUCGAUCCACCUCGCGAUUCGCGGCGAGCGCCGUGAGACAGGCGUCUCCAAGCGCCUCCGUGACGCGGCCAUGGACAAGUUUGGGGACAUGCGUGUGCACAAGCUGAAUUGGGACGUGCAGCCGAUUCCGCAACUGCUCGAGACGCAGGCCGCGGGUCUGCUCCUCAAGCAGGAGACGUUCCGCCGACUCAAGUACCACCAAGUGACGCGCGUCGAGUCGUAUUUGCGCAUGCUGCCCAUCACGACCAACGUGACGCUCAACUUGCGCAAGCAGCUGCUGCGCAUGUCGCUGCUCGUCAACACGCACCGCGUGAAGCGCAACAAGCACAAGAUCCUCGCCGAGUACGACGCGGGCAAGAGUUUGAUCGACUUGAGCAACUCGCACAAUUACCCGCCCGUGUCGCUCCUCCGCAUCAUCCUUGAAGCCCGCGGCUUCUCGCCCAAGGCCAUCCGGAAAGCGCUGGCGACGCCGGCGAGCUUGCGGUACCGCGACCAGCAAGAGCUCAACAAGGCGACGCACUAUGACAGCAUCCACCGCAGCGACCCGUUCUUGGGCCAACCAGCGUACAGCGCCGACUCGCUCGAGACGACGCUGACGCAUUUCUUCAAGUCGCAAGGCAUCCGCGUCAAGACGCAGGACGAUCUCUGGGUCGAGCAAGAAAAGAUUUACGGCCGGCCCGUGAUCUCGCCCGACAUUUUGCUGUUGGACCCGGUCGUCAUCAACGGUGUGCCCGUGCGCUGGAUCGACGCCAAGAACUAUUAUGGCGCCCACAUUGUCAACAAGCGUCUUAUCGCCAAGCAGCUGGCGUCGUACGUCAAGGAGUGGGGCCCGGGUGCCGUCGUCUUUGGCAUGGGCUUCUCCGAUAUGAUGUCGAUUCCGGGCGUCGUCUGCCUCGACAUGACGCCCGUCCCAACGACCAAGUACGGCUCGUUCAAGAUGGUCGCCAAGUCGUAUGCGUACUCGUUCUUGAAUUUCUUCCGCUGGGCGCCGCACCUCGGCAGCGAGCUCACCCAAGAGUACGCGCACGCGAACGAGAUGGAAAUGGCCAAGCAGGAUACGACGACCAAGCAGGUCGAGAACAGCAAGCAGCCACUGUCCGAGGCCAAGCCCGACGACGCCGCCAAGGCCAAGAAGGCAUAGAUAACCACGCACAGCUAAUAGAUGACGACGAUACCCACACAUUCACAACGUCAACGUGCAC